GGCAGCGACGGCUGCAGCCUCGCUCUGGUCCCUGCGGCUGGCGGCCGAGCCGUGUGUCUCCUCCUCCGCCGCCGCCAUAUUGUCUGUGUGAGGAGCGGGGAGAGCGGCCGCCGCCGCUGCCGCUUCCACCCCAGGUGUCACAGUAUCCAACAAAUAUUUCUGCAUGGUAUUCUGUAUGUCAGCUUCUGUGAUAGACUCCUGAGACUGCAAAGGCAAUAUUCUCUGCCUUUGAAGCUUUAUUUAGCUAGGGCGACAGAUAUGUGAAACAGUACAGUGACAGUGCUAAAUGGAAGAGGUUUUUGUGUGAACAUACAUUCACUUGAGUAAAUACCUGGAGGGGAAUGCUGAGUUUAUGUUUGAAGAAAACAGGUCUGAAACAAGGUCUUGCUCCCCAGCUGCCUCUCAACACAGUGACUGCCAGUUCUCCAGACACCAAGCCCAGCUUUGUCCGCCAACCUGUCUGACAUGUCGGGACCCGUGCCAAGCAGAGCCAGAGUUUACACAGAUGUGAACACACACAGACCCCGAGAGUACUGGGAUUACGAGUCACAUGUGGUGGAAUGGGGAAAUCAAGAUGACUACCAGCUGGUUAGAAAAUUAGGUCGGGGUAAAUACAGUGAAGUAUUUGAAGCCAUCAACAUCACAAAUAAUGAAAAAGUUGUUGUUAAAAUCCUCAAGCCAGUAAAGAAGAAGAAAAUCAAGCGUGAAAUAAAGAUUUUGGAGAAUUUGCGAGGCGGUCCCAACAUCAUCACACUGGCAGACAUUGUAAAAGACCCUGUGUCACGAACUCCCGCCUUGGUUUUUGAACACGUAAACAACACAGACUUCAAGCAAUUGUACCAGACGUUAACAGACUAUGAUAUUCGAUUUUACAUGUAUGAGAUUCUGAAGGCUCUGGAUUACUGCCACAGCAUGGGGAUUAUGCACAGAGAUGUCAAGCCCCAUAAUGUCAUGAUUGAUCAUGAGCACAGAAAGCUACGGCUAAUAGACUGGGGUUUGGCUGAGUUUUACCAUCCUGGCCAAGAAUAUAAUGUCCGAGUUGCUUCCCGAUAUUUCAAAGGUCCUGAGCUACUUGUAGACUAUCAGAUGUACGAUUAUAGUUUGGAUAUGUGGAGCUUGGGUUGUAUGCUGGCAAGUAUGAUCUUCCGGAAGGAGCCAUUUUUCCAUGGACAUGACAAUUAUGAUCAGUUGGUGAGGAUAGCCAAGGUUCUGGGGACAGAAGAUUUAUAUGACUAUAUUGACAAAUACAACAUUGAAUUAGAUCCACGUUUCAACGAUAUCUUGGGCAGACAUUCCCGUAAGCGAUGGGAACGCUUUGUCCACAGUGAAAACCAGCACCUUGUCAGUCCUGAGGCCUUGGAUUUCCUGGACAAGCUGCUGCGAUAUGACCACCAGUCACGGCUCACUGCAAGAGAGGCCAUGGAGCACCCCUAUUUCUACACUGUUGUGAAGGACCAGGCUCGAAUGGGCUCAUCUAGCAUGCCAGGGGGCAGUACGCCUGUCAGCAGCGCCAAUAUGAUGUCAGGGAUUUCUUCAGUGCCAACCCCUUCACCCCUUGGACCUCUGGCAGGCUCACCAGUGAUUGCUGCUGCCAACCCCCUUGGGAUGCCUGUUCCAGCUGCCGCCGGCGCUCAGCAGUAAUGGCCCCUUCUGUCUCCUGAUGCCUGAGCAGAGGUUGGGGAGUCCACUCUCUCCCUUGAUGCAGCUUGCGCCUGGCGGGGAGGGGUGAAAUACUUCAGAAGCACCGUGUCUGAACCGUUGCUUGUGGAUUUAUAGUAGUUCAGUCAUAAAAAAAAAAUUAUAAUAGGCUGAUUUUCUUUUUUUUCUUUUUUUCUUCCUUUUUCUUUUUUUUUUUUUUUAACUCGAACUUUUCAUAACUCAGGGGAUUCCCUGAAAAAUUAUCUGCAGGUGGACUAUUUCACGGACAAAUUUUUUUUCUCCCCUUCCAAAUUCAGUUUCUCGUCACUAAAGAUCAAAGAUAAACCAGCCUCAGUUCCAGCUGCUGUGUUUGGGUGGAGAUUUCUUCCCAUGCUCACCAUUGCUCCCCUACCAUCCCACACUCUGGGGGGGUUGUACUUCACACUCUUCUCCAGAGAUUACAGAAAUGUAGCUUCUUCAAGGGAGGUGGGAAGGAAGGAGGAAGGGAGGACCCAACCUAUAAAAGCAGUGCACUGCUAGUCACUUACAUCCCUUUACUCUAAAAGUGCUUCAGUGGGGUUAUCCUGGUGAAUCUAGUGGAAAUAUGUCUUAGUUACAUUGAGAUGCUGAAAAUCUACCCAAAGUGCAGACAGGUCCUGAAAACUUCCUUGCAGUUUGAAUCAUGUCUUAUUGACCUAACCUAAAUCCAGCUCAUUUAUAAUUUAGUUUGUUUAGUUUAAAACUUUAAUACCAUCCCUCCCAGACUCCUUACCUUGGUUGUCUUGCCCUUUCAUCUCCCAACAUGCUCUAUAGCUGGUAGGAGGGGGAAGGUAAAAUCUUUUUCAGUUUUCUUUGACUUGGCCCUUUUGAAUUCAGUUAGUUAUUGGGCAUAACUUAUUGCUUUUUACAAAAGGAAAAAAAACAUUGUCUAUGUAGGUUUCAUGCUAGCAACUCUUUAAGAGCUAAUGAGAGAUGUGGCCACUGAAGUUUAUUUUCAGCUUUCUACCUUCAUUUCCUCCUACCUUCCCCUUCCCUCAUAUGUCAUCCAAUGAGAAGACCUGCCCCUCAGGUUUAUAAAUGUAUCUGAGUGGUAGGAGCAGAGCCACUAUCUCCAGUGAAACUGAAAUGGUAGACCUGUAAUUGUGGGAAAACUAAACUCUCUUGUUACAGCCCUGCCACCCCUUGCUGUGUGUAUAUAUAUAAUACUUUGUCCUUCAUAUGUGAAAGAUCCAGUGUUGGAAUUCUUUGGUGUAAAUAAACGUUUGGUUUUAUUUAUCAA